UAUCCCUGGCUCUCUGCUGCCAUGCACAUCCAACUCUGCAAAUAAAAGCUCACUCUCGCAGCAGGAACCAGCACUCGCGGCAUAAAGCAUCAUUUGGUCCGUGCGCUUGAUCUUUCGCACAGCCGCGUUCUCGCUCUGGGAACAGUUUGAUAGAUCAGCUCCGCAGCUCCGUCCGGUGUGUCGUCGUCGUGGGCUAAGAAGAAGAAGAAGAAGAAGCCGCCAUGGGUUGCUUGCUGCGGCGGCUGUUCCCGUUCCUGGCCGGCACGGCCGUCGGCGUGUACGCGGCGCAGAACUACAAGGUGCCCAACGUCCGCGGGCUCGUCGACCGCGGCGUCGAAGCCGCCAGGCGCUACGAGGAGGCCUACCGCAAGAAGCCCUCGUCGUCUGCGGGCGGCGACGGCGCCGCGGCCGGUGGGAGCGGGAGCGGCAGGAAGAAGAGGGUGGUGCAGGUGGACAUCGACGACGACGAACAGUAGCUGGCCGUAGCUUCUUAUUACUACCGAUGUGGUGUACUACACUGUGUUGUACUUGUACUUAUUUGUAGCGUGUGGGAAUAACUCGGUGAAAUUACUUCCAAAAAAAAGUUGGGUGAAUGAAGAUUUCGUCA